AUGAAGCCCAGCAUCAACAAAACGGGCAAGUCAGCCAAAGCCACGCCCGCGACAAUCGAGCCAGUCGCGAACUCAAACCCCACCCAGCUUGAGACAAGCGACGCAUCCAAUCCUCGGCAGCGACCCCAGAAGCCGAACUUCCAAGAGAGACGCCAUUACUAUGGUGCUAUGGAUUACAAGCUGGUGGCACGAACCAGUGACACCGAGUUCGACAAGACCCGAGCGAAAACCAAGAGGGAGAUGGAUGUGAGCCCUGUGGGACAGCACUCGUACUUUGUCAUAUUCUGGAAUGGCCGUGGCGCCAACUCGCUCCAGCUCCUUGUCAGGAAAGCAUUGUCUUCUCUUGAAGUCACCAAGCUCGAGGCCGUACAGACAGGCUCUGCCGACCAAGACACGACGGACUGGCCGGUAGUUAUUUGCGCUACGGUGAAGAAGAACUGUGCUAAGUGGGAGCUAGCACUCGACGCUGCGCUCAAGGUGAAGGAAAUUCUCGGCGGCUGGGACUUUGAGCACAUUGAGUGUGAGAUCAGAGAGGAGAAGUGA